GAAUCAGAGGUAUCGCAGUGCACCGUGUGUUGGGUUGGUUGGGAGUAGUGCUGGCCUUCGUUCGUCGAUGGUUGCUUUGCUAGUUGCUGGAGCUACCUACUACGUAAACGAUACAUCAAUCAAAGAAGGUGUGUUGUGGCCGUCGUGUCGUGAAUCAAAAAGCAGCGACCGCGGUGGAAAACAAGUUGCAUCAGAAGCGAGCUGUGUGCGAGUGUAUUUCGGUGUAUUUAUUUAGGUAAAUCGGAUUAACGUGCGGAAAUUACGCAUUUUGACACGCGGGUGGAUCGAAAAUUGGUGGUGAUUUUUUCUCGGGAACUUGCACCUGGCGAAGAACCUGGUUUGCGUGGAAUCGUGACAACAAGACAAGAAGAACAACGCAAAAGGGAGCUCCAAAUAAGGAAACGGGUUGAGUUGGGUUUGAAGUUGCAAGCAGAAGAGUCACGGUGCAGCAGUGCGGAGGGACCGAAAUAGCACCAGUCCAGUCCAGUAGAACAACUUUCUUUCCACCUGCGUUGACGUUUUCGAUCGAAUGAAUCAUAAAUAAUCGCAGUAGGCAGUAGCAGCAGCACCAGCAGUAGCAACAUACAUCGACGUUGAAGAGUUUUCUUCGAGUGCAUCGCGCGUGAAAGGCGGAAGUUGAUUUGCCAUUCUAGGCAGCGACGUUACGCGAAAGACAGAACAAAGAAUCGAAAAUAAAAUGCCCGGAAGUGGUCCCGUGUACCAGCCGACGACGGUGUCGUACGAAACCCGCCCGGGAACGGGAGCCGCCGGAGGAUUGCUAGCGCAGACGACGGCCGCCUCGUCCAUGAAGAUGCUUCGGAAACCGGCCGCCCAGAUGUCGGUGCUGAUCUUCGGGCUCAUAUCGUUGGCCGCUGGCGUCGCCAUGAUCGCCAGCGGUUCGGCAGACUACUCUGACACCGCACAACACCCGGAGGCUCACCCCGACGGAGAAAGCAUUCCCGAAGAAGAGCUUGAUAUCGGCCUUAUAGUAGCUGGAGUAUUCAUCACCAUUCUUGGCUUCGUUCUGCUUGGUCUCUACAUCAAGGUGGCCGACUGGCGCCGGCAUUGCGUCUGCCCGUGCACCCUGUCCAAGAAGCAGGGUCUGGCCCGGCAGCUGCAGGGUAAUAGCGGCGGGCAGAUCCUGGCGUUGAACCCCAGCACCGACCCGUUGGUGUCGCACACGCAGUACGCGCCCGUUUCGGAGAUCCCAACCCGUCAGGAGGACGAAGAGCGACGGAACCUGAUGCCGGACAAUAAGGACUCGUGCCUUAGCAGUGCCGAGGAAUCCGACCGGAUGCUGGACCCCGAUCCGAGGAUCGUCCUCCGGCCCAUCGGCGGCACCGUCGAGGAUGCCUAGGGUCAAGAGACCGGGGACGAUGACGAUGACGACGACACCGACGACGAUUGGUAAACAGGGGAUUGGGAACGGGGAUCCGAACGCGAGAACGCCGCUUGAAUUACGUUCCGCAUCUCUGAAAUGCAAGCACGCUUCGAAAAUUCUCAUUUGCAGCACGGAGGCGAACACGGGAUUUUGUCAUCGCUUGCUGGACUUACGACUUACAGAAAACACAAACACACACUUUUUACGCUGAGAUGAGAUUACUUUCUUUGGAAAAGAAACAUGGUUUUACGAAAGGAUGACAGUAGAUUAGAACGAGUGAUGACCGUCAUGUCACAAAUAUCGUGACAUUUUUGAUCGUUUGACAGCAGCAGUACGUAAACUCACUCACGAAAACUGACAGUGACAUCCAGAGAAACGAAUCGAAACUGUGGUUAGUGACUGAAUCGAACUAUUUAACUGAGUGUGCGAGGCUCCAGACAAGUUGGAUUUGACAACUGAAAUAAUGUACAACUUUUUCUUUUCUUGGUUUUAUACUUCUCACUUUUAUCGCCGAGCACGCGUCCUUCUAGCUGUAUACACAUCACAGUUUUUUAAACUUCUAAGACGACGCCGCGGGAAGCUUCAGCUGGAGAAAAUCGUUUUACUUCUCUUGUAGCAGAGCGUUUUUUGGUCAAUUUUAUAAGAGAUACGUAAGAAGAUUCCUAUUCCGUCCAGCUUGUGUGCUUCGUUUUGUGAGGUUAGAUCCAGUAUUUUCCGUCUACUUUUAGAUUACGUACCACUACUAUAACAGUAUUUAUAUCCGAUUAUUCCAUCCACCCGUUUUCCGCAUUAUGCGAAAAUGCGUCGCAGUAGGCUGUGGCUUCCCGCGUGUCGUUCACCCCAACACUAUUUAAACUACGAUUUUAGUCUAAUUUUUAAGUUUAGUGAAACUAAACGCAUUUACUUGAACUUAGUUUUUAGAGAAAGAAAGAAUCGCCCACGUGCAUUACAGUAGAAGAAAAUGUAUCGAACUUUCGUUGUAAUGGAAGUACUUAACAAACAAACAUGUUUUGCAUUUUACAUAGUUGUAUUCGUUUCGCCGUACAAAAGAAAACAAAAGAAAUGUGCAAUUAGAUGUAUUAAGUUUUCAACAUAAAAUCUCACACACUUCACUCAUCGAAAUCCGUUCCAUCACAUGAGAGGCAAAAGUCAAAAUUUCUAUCUGCAGAAAACGGCAGAAUCUCUGAUAAAGAAAAAAAAACAUUCGGUACCUGGUACAUGUUUCCACACGUUCAUCCUCUCUAUUUACGUUUGUGUUUGGUUACAUAUCUCAACAAAAAAAAAUAUUCGAAUAAUUAGGAAUCUAAGUAGCCUCUCUUAGUGGCACUGCGUUAAAGUUGGCAUCGAAAACUGGGAUAGAGCAAAAAGAUGAUAAACAAAAAUGAUGAUGGUAGGUAGAAGUUAGACGACGAUGGUAGAAGUUAAAAAAGAAACACAUGCACCGAACAUGUUGAGGUUAGAAAGAAAAACAUGUGAGAAAAGAGUUAUUGGUAAUAAAAACUAAUAUAGAA